CUUCCGCGGCCUUGCUCUGCGCGGCUGUCCCUGAGAGCUCACCUUCCUCCGAGUCAGAAAACUUUGCCUGCAGGGGGGAAAGGGGAACCGCGGAGAGAAAAGGCGCACAGGCAAGGCAGUAGUGGGGAAUCGCGGAACUUUAACCUCACCCCGAGUGUUGGCCCACAGCGGGGUGAACCCAGGGCAGGCCGACAAAGACAUUAGGAUGUGGGUCUGGUACCUCUUGCUCGGUUCGGGAACGGGCACCAGCUCGGUUGAGAGCCAGUUACUUCCCGGGAAUAACUUCACCACUGAGUGCAACAUCCCGGGAAACUUCAUGUGUGGGAAUGGGUUGUGUAUCCCUGGAAAUUGGCAGUGCGAUGGUGUUCCUGACUGUUUCGACAAGAGCGAUGAGAAGGGUUGUUCGAAGGUGCGGUCGAAGUGUGCCCCUACGUUCUUUGCCUGCGCCAGUGGCCUGCACUGCAUCAUCGGCCGAUUCCGCUGCAACGGAUUCCGGGACUGCCCCGACGGCAGCGAUGAGGACAACUGCACCGGUAAUCCUCUGGUGUGCUCGUCGUCGCGGUUUCCUUGCCGGAAUGGGCGUUGUGUGGAUCGCAGCUUCCUCUGUAACGGACAUGAUAACUGCCAGGACAACAGUGAUGAAGAGAACUGUCUCUCCACAGCAGAGUCUCCGGGGCAGGACUUUGUGACGCUGGACUACCGCCUGCGCUACUACCCCAGCAUCACCUACGCAGUCAUAGGCAGCGCUGUCGUCUUCGUCCUGGUGGUGUCGCUCUUGGCCCUGGUGCUGCACCACCAGCGGAAGAGGAGCGUGCUGCUACCCCGCGCCUCCCGCGGGGGCCCCCACCACCACAACCACCACCACCACCAACAGCACCACCACCACCACCACCACCAACAGCAGCAGCAGCAGCAGCCCCUGCUCCUUUCCAGGCUGGUGAUCGUGGACAGGGGCCCUGUGCACGCCGCUGGCCCGCGCCUCCCGCUCGUCUCCUCCUCGGGCCCCUUCAGCUCGGGGCAGAGCCUGCAGCUGCUCACGGGGACCCUGUAUGCCCGAGGAGCUCCGCUAGACUCCCCUCCCUCGUACUCGCAGGCCGUGCUGGAUGUCAGUCGACCUCCGUGGUUUGACCUCCCGCCUCCCCCGUAUCCUCCUGAUGCUGACCGCUCCAGUGAGAGAGAGCCACCCAUUUACGAAGCCCCCGCCGAGGUGCCUGACUCGGACAGUCUCGUGCGCGAGGCGGCCCGGGCUGGGGGCUCAGGCCGGCCCCAGGCCGGGGUCUCAGGCCGGCCCCAGGCCGGCAGCCCCGCCUCCGCAGAGGAGGAGUCUCAGCAGCUGUAGCCUUCCAGUGAAAGUGGGGCACCUGUACGCAGGACACAGAGACGCGUAGGGGACCGAGCCCGUAGAGAGUCACGUGGCACUGAGCGUGCGUCUCAGCAUAGGAACGAUGGCUACUGUUGGUUUUCUUCAGCCGUGGAAUAUUACUAUAGGACGAUCCAAGCACUUGGUGCUGGUAGACGUUGCCAUCUUGUGGUGAACGUGCGACAUGACAGCUCCCAAACCGGACACGUGGAACACAAUCUGAAGAGUGAGGAUCUUUCUUUAGGCCUCAGAGACAAACCGGGCGGGUACAGGAGAAGACCCUACAUCUGUGUGACGCAAACAGCGGAGAGUUCACCUCAGUAGCGUUCAAGUAUAUGUGAACCCUGGACUACAGAUGUAGAGCAGUGAAGCUAGGCCUGGACUCCAAGACUCUUCGCUGGAGGCGUGACGCGCUGCCCUACCUGUGCUCCCAUUAUCAGUCGUUAUUAAGAGCUUGUUUUCAUUUGUUUUGUUCCCUGUGUCUCAGCGCUUUGUAAAAUUACUGAAAAUCACUAUGCAAUGUGAAUUGUGUAUGAUUUUGAACAUAGGAUGAGAAGGGUGAGUGUGUGUCUGUGUGUGUACACACAAGGCAUAAGUAAGAGAUCUCUCCCAUACCAAUCAGUAAAGCACUUGGGAAAUGAACAUAUUAACUGAUAGUCGUGUUUGAUUCACACUUUAGGAAAAUAAAACACACAAACACACAGUCUAAGUACACUGCCUGAUGGACUGGAGUUCUAAUCUUUCACAGUAUAAUGUCAUUAGAGUAUUAGAGUUUCUUUGUUAAGGAAACUGGGUUUCAGAAGUUGAUUGAUUUUGUUUUGUUCGUUCUUUUCCUCAGUAAACGGAUUUUUUUUUUGCAUUUGAUGCUUGAUUUUGCAGGUCUUCUGAAUGGGUCCGUUUACUUAUACCGCACAUCCUCCGUAUCACCACUGAACGGUGUUGGACUGCAGCUGUUAAAGCCGCUGUGCCUUACAGUCCAGUCAUGAAUUAAACACAGUCAUAAUACACUUACGUCGUCAUCCUAAUCAUCACUAUUCCCAAGCAUCCCGUUCACUAACUGUUCGUAUUCGACAAUCGCUUUAGCAGAUUUGCAUUGUACACUAGGUUUACACAAACGUUACCAUAGGAGAGAUUAUUUUAGUCUUUACCCGAGCAUAUUUACUGUAACGUUGACUGAUGAUCACUGGUCAUCUAAUGGUCAUCUACUUUUGCUAUCUGGUGACAGUUCAUACAUUUGUAGUACAUUGUGGGACAGUAGUCUACAACUUAACUGCAUUUCACUGUGUUUACUUUGACCAAGGUGGAAAUUGCAGAACAGAACUGCCAUUUAUAAAUGCGCCUUGUACAAGAUUAUUAUAUGUUUAUUGUAUGUUUCAUGUUAAAUGACUAACUUGUGUGAAGGAUCAAGAUCUGUUUAAUGUUGUUUGUUUCCAGUCUUGAAGGUUUCAGCAAACAGAAUGCUUAUGGCAGGAGAAGGGUGAAGUGCUGUGUAUUUAAAACUGUUGAACAUAAAGACUGAAUAAUAUUUUAAACUGGAAGUGCGUAAAUGAAAAGUAUUACUUUAUUAUUUUCUGCUGACGUCUGGCCAUUAAAAACAAAACCGUGCUCCAGAGAGGAAAGAUCCAUGAUUUCUCCUGGUACAUUAGAAAUGUAGAACUGGAAUUUUUCUCCAAAGCAGAAAUUAUAUUGUUAUAUAGAAUCAUAUUUCAAAAUAAAAGCUACAGAUCAUGUCAAUGUA